CGCUGUGCCGAGCCGCUCCGGCUGCUGAACGGGGCCUUGGGCGCUUCCCUGGCUCUCGGUCUGUCUGUCUGUCCGUCCGUCUGUCUGUCCGGCAGCUCCCUGCCCGGGGCUGUGGGCUGCCUCCGUCCCACCAGAGCCUCUUCAGGAACCCUGGUGCUGGGUUUCGGGAGAGUCUGAGGCCGGUGGACGCACUCAGAUGCCAUGUUGCCUCAGAAGAGGGGAAGAAUUCAUUCCAGAAUAGCCAUGAACUGUUAUUGGAAAGUCCUGACGAUUUUCUCACUAUUUCUUCAAAGCACAUUGUCUUUGCAGCCAGCCCAGCCCAGAGUAUUGCUAGUAUCUUUUGAUGGAUUUCGAUGGGAUUACAUCUAUAAAGUCUCAACCCCCAAUUUUCAUUAUGCCAUGGGGAAUGGUGUGCAUGUCAAACAAGUCACUAAUGUGUUUCUAACGAAAACGUAUCCUAAUCAUUAUACAAUGGUGACUGGUCUCUAUGCAGAAAGCCAUGGUAUAGUUGCUAAUGAGAUGUAUGAUCCUAUUCUGAAUGAAACGUUCUCUCUGAAUAAAAUGCACAUCUAUAACUCCAAGUUCUGGGAAGAAGCCAGCCCAAUAUGGGUAACAAACCAGAGGGAAGGACAUAAAACCGGCGCAGCUAUGUGGCCUGGAACAGAUGUGAAAAUACAUGGAGUCUUUCCUACAUACUAUAUGCCCUACAAUGAAUCAGUUUCCUUUGAAGAUAGAGUUGCAAGGCUUAUUCAGUGGUUUACAUCAAAAGAACCCAUAAACUUUGGUCUCCUAUACUGGGAACAGCCUGAUGAGAUGGGCCAUAUUCUGGGCCCAGAAAACCCACUUAUGGGACCAAUAAUUAGUGAUAUUGACAAAAAGCUGGGAUAUCUGAUGUCUGAACUGAAGAAAGCGAAGCUAUGGGGUGUGAUAAAUGUCAUAAUUACAAGUGAUCAUGGAAUGUCACAAUCCUCCUCACAAAGGCUCAUUGAGCUUGAUCAGUAUGUGAAUAGAGAGCUCUAUAAAAGCAUUGACCAUUCUCCUGCAGUGGCUAUUUUGCCAAAAGAAGGGAAACUGGAUGAAGUAUAUGAAGCUUUGGCCCAUGCUCAUCCCAACAUGACUGUCUAUAAAAAGGAGCAGAUUCCAGAUAGAUUACAUUACAAGCACAACAGUAGAAUUCAGCCAAUUUUAGCAGUGGCUGAUAAAGGAUGGGAAAUUGUAUACAGUAAGUCUGAAGGUUUUCAAUUUGGUAAUCACGGAUACGACAACAUCUUACCAGAAAUGCAUCCAAUUUUUUUGGCAGUUGGACCUGCUUUCAGAAAGAAUGUUACCAAAGAAGCCAUGAAUGCUACAGACUUGUACCCCUUAUUGUGCCAUCUACUUGGUAUUAAACCAUUGCCAAACAACGGUUCAUUCAAUGCUGUGAAAGAUAUACUUGCUGAAGAAUUUCCUGUAGCCUUUGGAGCAGACACCUAUGCCACUGUUAUAGGAGUCUUUCUGGGCAGCUUUCUUGUUAUGGUUUUUAUUGCAGUUUUUGUUAGGCAUUUUAUCCUCAACCGAGCAAAUACCAGGCAAAUGCGACAUACUGAAGCUGCCCAGCCACUGUUGCAAGAUUAAUAAUGCUUGGUACUGUUUCCCGUUUGAUGCUUAAAAUAACCUUAUACAAAAAAAAAAAAAAAAAAAAAAAGUUGUAUCAGCAUAAAUAUGUGGAGUAAAAGGAGACGGAUGCUGAUCCAUUGGUACACUGGGGUACGUACAUACUAGAUAUGCAGAGAAAGAGCGUGGGGGUUUUUUUCACCCUACAACCACUUAAUCUUGCAGAGGUUGAAAAUAUUCUAGGUAGACCUGGAAAGCUGUAUAUGUAUGUAGACAUGUAAUGAGAGUAGACCUCGAAUAACUCAUUCUAAGCUGCUUUUAGGAAAAUAUCGACUGAGGUGCACUUCACGGUCUAUUACAUGGUGAUUUAAUCUCCCACACUCCCUCUUUUUUUUUUUUUUUUUUCUUUGAGAGAUUUUUUAAGUCUCUCAGAUUCUAACAAGUCACUGAAUGUAACUAGAUUUCUCUGGGUUUUUUUUUCUUCCCUGCCCAAGGAAACUUGCAUGGAUCACCAUUACAGAUAUCUUGGUGGAUUAAAUCCUGCAGAAAACUUACUAUUAAGCUAGGUCAUGCAGUGCUAAGUGUUUAAGUUUAGUUAGGAGUAUUUCUUUAAACUACUGUAUUGAUUGUAGCCCCAAAAUAUGAAUCUAAGAGGUAGCACCUUUGGCAGUCAGCAUUAAAAUCUUUGAUUUUUUUUUUCUUUUAAAUUUAGAUAAAUGUAGGUCUUUAUGAUUUUAGAUGGAUGUAGGUCUUUACUUUUUCUGUCGUUUCCUGUACACUGAACUAAAUUUUCUAGGAAUUUAAUAUAAGUGCAACAUAUAAUUGCAACACCUGUAUAUCCAAAUGGAGUCUCAUAUUUCUGUGAUAAAAAGGCUCUUUCAGAAUAAGGCAGAUGAAUCAUUUAAGGAACACACAUGUACAAGCUGGUUUCAGAGUGCUGUUGAGCUUGUCACUGGGUGUAACAUCUGAUCCUUUAGUGGAGACUCUUCUCUAGUGUGAGUUUGGCUUGCUGUCUUGUGUUUUAUCUGAUAUGUCUGAGUGGACCUUAGAAUUUGAUAAGUAGGAUUAGACAUACAAUUUGAGGAACAGCCAUAUAAAUCUUAAGCCAUAUAUACUCUUAAAUCUGAAAAAUCACACUUUAUUAUGAAAAAAGGCAUAAGACUGGAGUUUGUUCUUCCAGAGGAAAGUCUCUGUUAGGAAAAAUUAUUAAUUCUGAGUCAACAGAACUAUAUAUUACUUUGAUUUUGUGUGUGUGUGUGGCAAUAAAUCUUACUGCUAUUGUAGUUAUGUUUUAUUUGCUGAGCUCAUUUGAAUGUUAGAUGAGCAGCUGCUGACCAAGGGUUGUAUGAAAAACAUGGUAUGAAGUGAGAAAAGUUGUCUAGUUGUCAGAUUUGUUUAAAAGCUGUACCUUUUUCCCCUCCCUGUGUGGGUUAGAAUUCCUCUGCACUUUGCUUCUGAGUACAAUGCCCGAAGGAAAAGAAACUCAAAAUUCACACAAAUACUGAGACUGGUAUUUCGGUAAGUGCGAUUUAUUGCUUUAUCCCCAGCACCCAGCAGAGGGCAAAGAUGGGAACGUCUGUCUUGCCCUUGGACUUGAGCUGCCAAACUAAUGGUGCGGGUCAGCCUGACGCUGCAGUCGGGAGGUUUGCUCCAGCCCUUGCAAGGAGCUGCAACAAGCUGACUAACUGAAGCGCAGAACUCGUUUCGCUGAGCUUAAUUCCAGGCUUUCAUGAGUGACAUGUAGGAGAGUUCAGAGGUGAGCUCGUUUCUGGCUGCCUCAGCGAUGGCUCUGCGGUGCCACACUGCGGGCUGCCUGGCGCUGGCUGCGUCAGAGGCAAGCUGUCAGAUCGCUCCGUGACGGCGGGGACGCUUGCUUAGCAUUAAGCUGGCUUGCAAACAGAGGUGGGAAGUUUUUAGAGACCCCAGCUAGGUGCAGUGAAUGCUUGAGAGGGAAGGCCAUGAAAUACUCCCAAGUUAAGGUAUAUGCUGGAAGUCUAGUUGUAAUAGUAGCUUUAGGAAGGCAAGAGACUAGCAGAUCUGUUGGAGGACAGUCCCUUAAUUUGGGGGAUAUGUGUAACAAUCUGACUCAUCUCUGUAACUCUGCUGUUACUGUUCCGUGUACUGUCCUGUUUUCCUACAUUGCCAUUUUCUUAAGAAAACACUGAAGGAAAAUGUCUGGGUUAGGUGUGCCUGACACUGUAAAGCUGAUUCUUAGUGGAGCUGACCAUUAGGUGUGUCUUAUUUUGCUGAUGCCAGCUGAAACAGAAUGCUGCAGGGGCUUUUCAAGCUGAAAGAUGAAAGCAGUAAUGAUGUUCACCGUAGUUUCUAGAGAGGCUGGGGAAGUCUGAGUAGAAAACCUAAACCUCUACAUGGUUAGUAGUCACUUCUCUAGCUACCUUCCCCAAAGUGGAUGUCAGAUACAAAUUGAUGUGUUCAGGCCACCUUUUCUUGCUUAUUUGCAAUUUAAAAAUGAAUUGUAGCAUGAACUUAGUGUGUGUUUAAAGAAAGAUCUACAGGCUUGGUUAACGGAAUAAUAGUGAAAAUUGAAGAUGCUAUAAUCCUUACCUGCAGCUACUUCAGUUACACACUUUGGAACAUUCUGCUUUAAUAGAAAUUCUUAUUGCGGUAAUUUUGUAGCAAUGCUUAUGGCAGAUGUAAAAAUAACUGGAUUGUAAACUCAGAGGUGUUCAUUAAACCUCCACUUUUUAAACUGUGACAGGUGUAGUUCCAUCAUCAGCCAAAGUGACCCUUGAUUUUAAGGAGGGGGCAAAGUUGGUCAGCGCUGUUCAGUCAUCUUGGGAUUUAGGCUUACCUGCCCAAACAUGGAAUGAGGGAAGCGCGGUAGGUUUCCCCUAACAAAGGGUUUGGUAACAAUAAUAUUCAAAAUAGAUUGGAAACACAAACGUGAUGUCGUUGUUCUGUACUGCACUGUAAGGCCCUUCUGUGAGGAGGGUAAAAUGAAACCUGAUAGAAAGCUGCAGAGAAUCUUUCAGCAUUUGGGUAUUUCAGUUUAGGAUUAAACACGUUUCCUUUAUUGUUGAUGUGUAUUUGCAGGUAGCUCGUGGGUAGUUACCUUGUUAGGAUAUUUGCCUACCCAGUGUUAAACACUGUUUUAAGUUGUUGGGUGUAUGCUUAAUUAAAUUGAAAGCACAUAUGAUGCCACUGGGGAGAAAUAUAAACUUUUUCUCUGAAGUGAUGUGAAAUUUUUCAGACUACCUUUUUGGUUGGGCAGGAUGUGGGAUUUGGUUUCUGCGUACCUGAUACUUUUUAUGAUGCCUGAACAAGUUUAUUGGAAAGUGGAUUGGAGCACACUGUGUACCACUUGUAACUUAAACUUGGAAACUGAGAAGCUUGCAUGAUUUUGUCUAUCAUUGUUGACUUGUGAAGCAUACUUUGAGAUGUCAAAUGUUUUCUUUGUUUCUUCCUGUUUGGAAGUGUUGAAAUAUAACUUUGCUAUAGUGCUAUCAA